AUGUCUUGUCGGCGAAAAGAUAAAAUGUUCUCUGCAAAGCAAAAUAAAAAGAAGACUGGUGAAGAGUCUUUUUCGGAGAGCGAAUCGGGACAAGAGGAAGGCAUUGUGAAGAGCGAUGACUUAGUCCAGCACUUAAUUAGACGCAUGCACGCAGAAAACAAUGCAGGCCCACCGCCACCUGAAUCCGUGCGACGGCGUAUCAAGGCGUUGCGUCUGCUUCAAAAGGAGUUCAUGGACAUAGAAGCUAAAUUCUACUCUGAAGUUCAUCAAUUAGAAUGCAAAUACACUAAAUUGUACCAGCCUUUAUUUGAAAAGCGUGCCCAAGUUGUGAUUGGCACUUAUGAGCCAACAGAUGAGGAGUGUCAUAUACCCUGGCCUGAGGAUGAAGAGGAGGAAUUGCCCAAUGCCGUUGAGAAUAUAGCUCUUGAAGAUAAGACCAAAAAUGAGAUUAAAAGUGCAGAGCCACCAAUGGAUCCUAAUGUUAAGGGGAUCCCUGACUUCUGGUUGACCAUAUUCAAGAAUGUCCCAAAAUUAGGUGACAUGGUGCAGGAGCAUGAUGAACCAAUCCUCAAGUCACUUCAAGAUAUUAAGGUUGAAAUGAACGAUGAACCACUAGGGUUUACACUGGAGUUCCAUUUUGCACCCAACGAAUACUUUGAGAACUCUGUCCUUACUAAACAGUACUCUAUGAAAUUCAAGCCUGAUGAGGAAGAUCCUCUCAAAUUUGAAGGACCUGAGAUCUAUGCUUGCAAGGGAUGUAAUAUAGACUGGAAGAAAGGCAAGAAUGUAACAGUGAAGACCAUCAAAAAGAAGCAGAAGCACAAAUCGCGCGGGUCCGUGCGCACUGUCAGCAAGACUGUGCAGGCUGAUUCUUUCUUCAACUUUUUUAAUCCUCCGGCAGUGCCCGAUGACCCUAACUCCACUAUUGGCUCUGAUACUCAGGUGUUGCUAGCUCUUGAUUUUGAAGUGGGUCACUACAUUCGCGAGCGAGUUGUAUCCCGCGCUGUUCUUUUAUACACUGGCGAAGGAGUAGAUGACUUCGAUGAAGAUUAUGAGGAAGAGGAGGAAGAAGAAGACGAAGAGGAGAGUUCAUCCGAAGAGAGUGACGAAGAAACUCCAGCGGAGCGCAAGCGGAAUAGGAAGAACAAAGCGAACAACCCCGCUUCUGCCGACAACCCCGAGUGCAAGCAACAGUAG